GAGCGAGGGGACCCCGAGAAGCUUCGAGAGGCCCCGCGCGCGCCCGGCUAUAAAAGGGCGUCGGCGGGGGCGCGUGCGGCGCAGUCAUGGAGUCGGAGCAGGAGGCCAAGCUGUGGUGCCAGCAGGUGAACCCCGUGAACAAGGCGGCGCUGGAGGCCUGGCUGCGGGAGACGGGCAUCCGGCUGGUGCAGGUGAACGGCCAGAGGAAGUAUGGCGGGCCGCCUCCAGGCUGGGUGGGCAGCCCGCCGCCGUCGGGGUCGGAGGUGUUCAUCGGCCGCCUGCCGCAGGACGUGUACGAGCACCAGCUGAUCCCGCUGUUCCAGCGGGUGGGCCGGCUCUACGAGUUCCGCCUGAUGAUGACCUUCAGCGGGCUCAACCGGGGCUUCGCCUACGCCCGCUACAGCUCCCGGCGCGGGGCGCAGGCGGCCAUCGCCGCCCUGCACAACCACCCGCUGCGGCCCGCCUGCCCGCUGCUCGUCUGCCGCAGCACCGAGAAGUGCGAGCUCAGCCUCGACGGGCUGCCCGCCGCCCUGGCCCGGCCGGCCCUGCUCCGCGCCCUCCGCCCGCUGGGCGAUGCCCUGCGCGAGGCCGCCCUGCUGCCCAGCCCCCUGCGGCCCCCCGCCAACAUCGCCCUCCUCCGGUUCUCCUCCCACCGGGACGCCGCCAUGGCCAAGAAGCUCCUCGUCGAAGGGCACUUGUGGCUGUGUGGAGAGCAGGUGACGGUGGAUUGGCUGAAGCCGGAGCUGAAACAGCGGCUGCGCCUACAGGGCGCCGGGGAGCCGGGCGGUCUUCCCCCCAGCCUGGCCGAGAGGGCCGGGCCCUGGGGCGGCGGGGGCCCGGCCUGUGCCCUGGCAGCUCUGCAGGGGCUGUGCCAGCGCCAGCAGCUGGGCGCCCCGGUGUUCCUCACCAAGUGCCUGGGCUCGAGCUUCACGGGCUGGUACUACUUCUGGUACCAGGUGGUCAUCCCCGGCCACGCCGUGCCCUUCAGCGGGCUGAUGUGGGUGGCCGUGGACCGUGGCGGGCAGAACGAGCACGAGGCCGCCAAGGAGGCGGUGGCGCUGCGCCUGCUGGAUAUUCUAGGGGGCCCGAAAGCAUGGGUGGCACCCGAAGCCUCACCUCCGGGUACCCUCGGGGACCUGGUUUGGGCCCCUGCGGCAGCGAGGUGAGAGGGUGAAAGUUGGGAGCGGGGGCAUCCCCCCCCCCCCCUCGCCGCAGGGUGGAGGAGAAGGCCGAGAGCGAUGGGGUGAUGGAAUCCCCACCGAGCUGGAGCCAGCCGCCUCCCGCUCCCUCUGCAACUGUUUUUCCUUGUGGUUCGUCAGUUUACUUCGGGGCGGACGUUCUCUCCGCCCCCCCCCCCCCCCCCCCCUUCUGUUAGGUAUGGGCCGGGCCCUACGGCUGUGUGGGCUGGUUGGCUCUUGCUCGUUAUUUAUUAAAGUAUUUUGUUCCUGUC